AACGUGGGAAACCUCAAUUAGUUCGAUUAAUUUAUCUCGGUCUGAUUAUGGCCGUUUAAUCUAUACGAUUGAAAUUGAUAGUCAGCUGAUAAACGUUGAAGUUUUAUUGGCGCGACUGUACUUCAGGUACCACUACCUGACGUGCUGUGUUGUUUUCGCAAGAACUACUCCGUGUGUACUGUGGUAGUUUGACGUGUCACACUACUACAAAAUGGCCAGAUAUUUCAAGGAGGAGGACAUUGACGAGUUCAGGGAAUGUUUCUACUUGUUUGCCAGACAGGGUCACAUCAAGUCCCUGGAUGAACUGACCAUGAUCAUGAGGAGCCUGGGCAUGUCACCCACCAUUUCUGAACUGGCCAGCUACCUCAAACAAAAGGGCGGCAAAAUGAGCUUCCCCGACUUCCUGGAGGUGAUGCACAUCCACAGCAGGGCCGAGAACCUGCCCAAGGAGGUGGUGGAGGCGUUCAAAGCCGCUGACCCCUCGGGCAAGGGUACAAUACCGGCCAAACAGCUGAGGCACAUGUUGGAAAAUUGGGGCGAGUGUCUCAGCUCCAAGGAGGUCGACAGGAUGUUUCGCGAGGCUAAUGUGAACAACAACAGCUCGGUGCGUUACGAGGACUUCGUCAAGAUUUGCUGCGCCCCCGUGCCCGACUAUUAUUGAGUUGUGUAAUCGUGGAAUUUCGGUCUCGUUGGUUUUGUUAUUUUAGUUAAACAAUGGGACUCACCUUAACCUAUGUUUUGUUAUUUACACUUAAAGCAUUUAAUAUAUUUAUUGUCCGGUUUGAA